GUUCCCUCAGCCCAACGCGAUUUUUUCCUUUCUGUCUCUCAAGUCCAUCCCAUCCAUCAAAUUAAUACCAUACAGUGUAAAUUAUCAAGAUACCCAGUUGAGAAGAAGACAGUUGCCUGAGCGUGAAAAAGCAACGUCAAAAGUUUUAUGAUACUGUAUUUUUAGGCAGCUGAUGACCACGAGUAAUCGGAACUCAUCAGCCUCGUACGCAUAUUACUCCUUUCCUCCAACGCCCAGUCGCGAGUCGCGAUCCUCUCAACAGUCUAGCCCAGCAACAGUCAGGAGCUUUAAAAGCACAAUGCCGUCCCCAGCAACAGCAAGGUCGGGAAAUCCUCCCGAAACACCCACAAAGACUGGCAAGAGCCCUCAAUCACAAUCCACUUCUAAGCUUACUGGGAAAGAUAUCCCGAGAGGUACUCCUGGACGCAAGCCGCCCAAGCUCGGGGCUUCCAAGGCGACCCCAAAGAAAGUAACCGAAGAUGCUCCCGAACCGAAAGAGGCCGAGAAGCCCGUUGAAGAUGUGAAAGAAAAGGCUGAAGACACCAGCGAAGAUGCCCAGCAGAAAAUCAGUCUGAAGGACACCGAAGAGCCUGGCGGAAAGGUCAGCCAGCCAGGUAACGACACCGGUGCCGAGAGCACCUCCGUCGCCGACACGAGCGAAUUGUCGGAAGCCAACCCCGAGCCGGUGCCUGAUAGCGAUGAAGACGAGCAGGAGACCGCCAAAGAAAGCAAAGGCGUUGCCAAAGACGAGGGCACCGAUGAAGGUGACGAAACCGAAGGCCCCGUGGAAGAGACACCUGCCGCCGAGACCGAAGACGCCGCUGAAGAGGCGGAGGACGAGGCUGAGGGCAAGGGCUCCGGAGCACUCGGAGGUCUCAAGUCAGCUGCCGGCGGGGUUGCCGGCGGCGGCAAGAAGCUCGCAGGCCGUGUCGGUGGUGCGAAGGACACUGCCACUGGUGCCGCUGGAAAGGCAUCCAAGGGCGAUGUAAAGGGUGCUGCCGAAGAUACUGCUGGUGAUGCCAAGGACACGGUCACAGACACGGCAGAAGACGCCAAAGACACCACCGAAGACACCGCCGAAGAGGUAUCAGGUGAUGUUCCUGAUGCUGACGGAGCAGUCGACGGCGCCAAAGACACUGCCCAAAAGACCGCUGGUGACGCUGAGGAAGCUGCUGGUGAAGCCAAGGAGACCGCCGAAGAUGCUGUCGACGGUGUCAAGGACUCUGCCGAAGGUGCCUUACCAGACUUGUCUAUCUUGAAGGGUCUCAAAGUUAGCGAGAAUGGUGACAUCCUCGACGACUCGGGUAAGGCCGUUGGCAAGCUCGAGGAGGGCGAUCCUGCUGAUCUCGAGGGCUACGAGAUCGCUGACGAUGGGGAGAUUCUCGACGAAGACGGCGAUGUCGUAGGUCGCGCCACCGUUCUUCCAGAUCAAGCUGGUGACGUUGCAGAGGGCGCGGAAGAUGCCAUUGACGACGCUAAGGAUGCCGCAGAAGAUGCCGUCGAAACAUACUUGCCUGAUAUCAACGUUCUUGAUGGACUCGAGGUGCAAGAGAACGGUGACAUUCUUGACAAAGAAGGGAAUGUUCUUGGCAAGAUCACGGAGGGCGACCCAGCCGACCUGGUUGGUAUGACCCUUAAUGCUGAUGGUGAGGUUCUCGACGAGGACGGCGAUGCUAUCGGACGGGCGGAGACCGUCCCUCAGCCAGUGAAGCAAGCUGCGGAGGAUGCCGCAGGCGAGCUUCCAGGUGUCGACGCACUCGAAGGCCUUGAAGUUCAAGAGGACGGCGCUAUCAAGGAUUCCUCGGGCAAGACACUGGGCAAGAUUACCGAAGGCGACCCUUCAGACCUUGUUGGUCGGACCGUGAACGCAGAAGGUGAAGUCCUCGACGAAGAUGGGGAUGUUAUUGGCCGUGCCGAAGUCGUGCCCGAAGCAGCUGGCGCUGUCGAUGACGCGACGCCCGAUUUUGUGCAGGAAGCCUUGGACAAGGUGGACGAGAUUCAAGAUCAACUAAAACCCAACCUCACAAUUGUAGAGGGUAGGAAACUCAACAAGAAAGGCAACAUCAUCGACGACGAGGGUGAGGUGUUGGCUAAGCUUGUUGAUGGUGAUAUCAAAGCUUGUGCCGGCAAGAUCCCUAAUGAAAACGGCGAAAUUCUCGACAAGGACGGCAAUGUCAUCGGCCGCGUCGAGGUUGUGCAGGGCGAAGCCGCUGAGGAGGCUAUGAAAGAACUUCACCCUGAGCUUCUCGAACAACUUGAAGAUGCGCAACAAGCGGCUGAGGAGGCCGAGAAGCAAGCCGAAGAACAGGCCGAGGACGCUGGAGACGCCGCCGAGACCGCUGAGGAGGCUGCAGAUACCGCUGAAGGUGCAGCGGAUGAAGCCAAGGACGCCGCUGAACAGGCUGCAAAACCCGACUUCUCCCAACUUGAAGGCCUGAAGGUGAACAAGAAGGGCCAAGUUGUCAACGAGGACGGGGAUCCAAUUGCUCGUCUCGUCGACGGGUACGAAAUUGAUGAUGUCCGCGGCAAGAAGAUCAAUGAGAAUGGUGAAAUCUUGGACAAAGAUGGCAACGUGAUUGGUAAAGUCGAAUUCAUUCCUGAAGCUAUCGAAGAAGGCAUUGUCGAAGUUGAGGAAGCUUCACCAGAUGCGCCAGACACCUCCAUCCUCGAAGGCCUCAAGGUCAACAAGAAGGGCAUGGUUCUCAACGAGGAAGGUGAUCCGAUCGCUCAGCUUAGCGAAGGCGAGCUGGAGACUUGUGCAGGCAAGAAGUUGAACGACAAGGGUGAGGUACUUGACAAGGACGGCAAUGUCAUUGGCAAGGUCGAAUUGAUUGCCCAAGAAGGUGAAGAGGAGCAAGAAGAAGACGACGGAUUGCCUCCUUUAUCCAUCCUCGAAGGCCUCAAGGUCAACAAGGCUGGCAAGCUCGUCGACAGCGAUGGCAACAUUGUCGGCGAAUUGGUCGAAGGCGAUGCCAAGAAGAUUUGGAAGGCUGGUGUCAGCUGUGACGACCAAGGGCAAUUCUGGGACAGCAAAGGUCACAUCAUUGGCCGAGCUAAAACUCUUCCUCAAGAAGACAACGAAGGAGAGGCAGAAUUUGCCGGAUUGGAUGGCCUGACUGUUGUUGCCGACGGCUGGGUCGAAGAUGAUAACGGAAACCGAGUCGGUCGAAUUGUCGAUGGCGAUGCGAAGAAGCUUGUUGGCCGUGCAGUUGACGAGGAUGGAGACAUCAUUGAUAAGAGAGGCAAUGUGGUCGGUCAUGCGGAGAGAUAUGAAGAACCCGAAGCUGAGGCUGAGCCUGAACCAGAAGCUAUUGACUUGUCAGAGCUAAAGGGCCUGAAGCCUAACAAGCAAGGAAACGUGAUUGGACCUGACGGUGUGCCCAUUGGCCGUGUUGUUGAAGGCAAUGUCAAAGAACUCGCCGGACGAUCAAUUGACGAGAAUGGUCAGAUCUGGAAUGACCAAGGCAAAGUUAUCGGAAGAUGCGAACUUAUCCCGGCCGAGGAACGAGAGGCCAAGCCUGAAGGCCCAUUUGCUGGCCUUGAUGGUCUUCUUGUCGGCAAGGAUGGCUUGGUCAACGACGCCGAAGGAAAUGUCGUCGGCAAGGUGGUUGAGGGCGACUGGAAGAAACUUGUCGGCCGUGCUGUCGACGAAGACGGUGAUAUCAUCGACAAAUAUGGCAAUGUCAAGGGUCAUGUUGAGCCUUACGAGGAACCCGAAGAGGAGGUCGUCGAGGAAGACUUGUCAAGCCUGGAAGGCAAGACAGUGAACAAGUUGGGCAAGGUUGUUGACGAGCACGGCACCAUCUUCGGAGAGGUCCUUGAAGGCGAGAUUAAGCACCUCAUUGGCUGCAAGGUCGACGGCAAAGGACAAAUCUGGAGCAACAACGGUAAGGUCAUCGGACGCGCAGGUCUCAUCCAAGGUGGCGACGAUGGCCGGGCCGAGGGACCAUUCUCAAACUUCGAAUCCACCACCGUGUCCAAGGACGGUCUCGUCAAGGACGCCAACGGCGAGAUCGUCGGCCGUGUCAUUGAAGGCGACCCCAAGAAACUGGUGGGUCGUCGCGUGGAUGACGAGGGCGACAUCGUGGACAAGAACGGCAAUGUCAUUGGCAAGGCUGAACGAUGGGAGCCUGAGCAGAAAGAGCGCGAAGUGUCUCCCAUGUCUGGCUGCCGCAUCAAUAAAGAUGGCGAGGUCCGUGACAAGAACGGCGAGGUGAUUGGUAGACUGACGGACGGCAAUCUACUUGCUUGCGUCGGCAAAGAAGUCAACGACAAUGGCUACGUGGUGGACCAGGACGGCAACAAGCUCGGAGAGUGUACAUUGAUCGAAAACAUUCCCGAGCCCGAGGAAGAAGAUGAGACGACACCAGAGCAACUCAAGGAGGAGGAGGAACGAGAGAUUGCCAAGAAGAUUGGCAACAUCAUUAACCAGACGAUUGACCAGAUGAAGCCAAUCUGUGAUCAGAUCACCGAUAAAAUCGAAAAGGCCGAUCGCACGCCUCGUGAAGAGCUCGACGAAGAGAAACUCGUGCAGGAUGUCAAGCCUCUCAUCGAAGAAGGCAGUCGUAUCUUGGGCGAGUGCAAUGGUGCCAUCCGCGGCCUAGACCCCGACGGACGCAUUGCUGCUCAGGCCAAGGCUCGCGCUGCUUCCGGCGAGGCUACCCCCGAAGAACAUCGUGUCGCCGAAGGGUUGAAGGAACUCACCUCGACCAUUGUCAAGUGCAUUGACAAUGCCAAGAAGAGAAUCUCCGACAUGCCUCACGCGAAGAAGAAGUUGAACCCACUCUGGGGUCUCCUCACGGAGCCACUGUUCCAGAUCAUCGCCGCCGUCGGCUUGCUCUUGUCUGGUGUCCUUGGUCUCGUGGGCAAGUUACUCAACGGUCUAGGUCUGGGUGGCCUGGUCAACGGUAUCCUCGGCGGCCUGGGAGUCGACAAGCUCCUCGGUGGACUGGGACUCGGUAGCAUCGCUGAGAGUCUAGGUCUGGGAGGUGGUAAGAAGAAAUAGGCCAGACACGGUUGGAACCGAGUAUCACGACACUUUGUCUCUAUUCAGUGAUCUGUUGGUUGUGAGGAUGGACACUUUUGAUUCCAACGAUCAACGAGAAUGAUACGAAGGUCGUGUUCUGGAGAAAACCUCAUUGUACAUUAGCUAUUUUUCGUCCAUGGUCUGGUCAUGUUGGGUGGCAUGGUGUUAACUUUGGGAUCGGUUUUCGGGGAUUUCAUUUGUUAUGUGUGUCUAGGCAGUAUGAGUGGUAAUAAUUUCUUUUGUUGUUGAAUAGGUGUGUUGAGGUUAUGAAAAAUACGGGGUUACCUCUCUUUCCAUACUGUUGGC